AUGGAAAAACGAUCAAUUUUAAAAGAGGAAUUUCAAAGCAAUUCAAUAGCUAUCAGGGCAAGACUAAAAUCAGUACAAGAAAAGCUGAGUGUAUUUAAGCAAUAUAAUGCUCCAUUUAAAGCUGAUAUAUCAGAUAUUGCAAUUAAAGAAGACGAAAUUAGUAGAUGCCCUUCAACAGACUCAACUCUUUUAUCUAUUUUAAAACCUAACACAAAUAAUCCAUCAGUAAACAGGAAAAAAAAUAAUGAUACCGAGUACAACGAAAAAUUCAUCUGUAGGACUGAGAAAAAAAAUAAAGCAGGCGAUGGAGAUAAGAUGACACAAUUUUUGAAAUCGCUUGAUUUAGAAAAAUUCCAAGAAGUCUUUCAGAAGCAAAUGGUCACUUUUCAUGACUUAAAAUUUUUAACUAGAGAAGACUUAGCUGAUAUGAAAAUUCCAAUAGGCCCAAGAAAUCGCAUAUUAAGAGCCUUAGGAAAAGGUGUUUCUAAUUCAAGCUCUGGGACCCCUUCUCACUGUUUGACUGAAAAUAAUGAUAACUAUGAAAUAAAACCACAGUUUUUUUCUAAACCUUCAACUCCAACUCAGAAGCACGUCACAAUUUCUGACCAAUCUCCAAGAGCUUCCAACUAUAAUAAUAUUCUCAGGCCAGAAGUUGAAAAUUUCUUAAAUGAGUUAAACACCCUUAAAGCCCGUAAGCCUCCCCUCUCAUCACGACCGAUUCCGAAUUCCCACGAGAAAUCCCAGCUAUUAUUAAACCGAUAUAAAAAAUAA